AUCCAUAUGCACAAGAUGAUUAGGAAGAUAACCUACAGCUUGGGAAGACACGUGUCCUCCAUGGCACGUGGAGCCACCCAGGUGAGAAGACUUCUGCAUGGUGCUCAUGUCAGGAUCCAUCCCUCUGUGCAGGAAGCUCUGGUGGAGGGSAGGCCGGUUGUGGCCUUGGAAAGCACCAUCAUUACCCAUGGCAUGGCCUAUCCUGUCAACCUGAGCAUGGCCAGAGAGGUGGAAGAAAUUGUAAGAACAAAUGGAGCAGUGCCAGCCACUGUAGGUAUUUUAAGGGGCCAGAUCCACGUGGGACUCACAGAYGAGGAACUGGAGUUCUUGGCAAGCAGUAAAAAUGCAGUCAAAGUGUCUCGCAGAGAUUUUCCUUUCGUCCUCAGCCAGGGCUUGUCUGGUGGCACUACGGUGUCUGGAACGAUGAUWGUGGCACACAAAGCAGGAAUUCCCGUGUUUGUGACAGGUGGCAUAGGAGGUGUCCAUCGGGAYGGGGAGAACACUCUGGAUGUGAGUGCUGACCUGACAGAGCUGGGACGAACUCCGGUUGCUGUUGUGUCUGCAGGAGCCAAGUCUAUCCUUGAUAUUGGCAGGACACUGGAAUACCUGGAGACUCAGGGUGUUUGUGUGGCUGCCUUUGGAGAAUCAAGAGAGUUCCCAGCCUUCUUCUCACGCCACAGUGGCUUCCAAGCACCGUAUCACGUCCGGGAUGAAGAGGAGGCAGCUAAACUCAUCGACAGUGCUCUGGGGCUGGGGCUGAGCAGYGGGGUGCUGAUAGCAGUGCCCUGUCCCCAGGAGCGAGCUGCCCAGGGCCAGGCCAUCGAAGAGGCCAUCCAGCAAGCUCUCAGCCAAGCCAGGUCCAAAGGAAUCACAGGCAAAGAAGUGACCCCGUUUUUGUUACAGAAGCUCACAGAGUUAACUGAUGGGAAAUCACUGGAUUCCAACCUUGCACUGAUCCAGAACAACGCCAGGGUGGGCAGCUGCAUUGCAGUGGCCCUGAGCAARCUACAGAAAGCCAGAAGGAAGGGGAAGCUGCCUCAGCGAGGGGAUGUGACCCCACCCCAACCAGUGGUGAUUGGAGGUAUCAACGUUGACUUUAUAGCCAAGGCGCAGAACCCUGACAUCCUGGGCGGUGGGCAAACAAAUGCUGGGAGAGUGAGACGAACCUUUGGCGGCGUUGGAAGGAACUUGGCAGACUGUUUGAGCCGUCUGGGACAAGCUCCUCUCCUUUUGUCAGCUGUGGGGAAGGAUGAGCACUCAGAGUCUGUCCUGCACUACUGCCAGCACAUGGACAUGAGCGCCGUCCUUGAGCUGGAGGGGAAGAGCACAGCCACCUACUGUGCCGUGAUCAGCAGUGCUGGGGAGCUCAGCGUGGGCCUGGGGGACAUGGACAUCCACCAGCAGAUAUCACAGCCAUACGUGUCCCAGUUCCAGGAGAASCUGUGUCAGGCCCCGCUCAUCUGCAUCGAUGGAAAUGUUCCUCUGCCCACUAUUGAGUAUGUGUGCCAGCUAGCUAAGGAGCACCAGCUAGCAGUGUGCUAUGAGCCAACAGAUGAGAACAAGGCCUCGAAGCCCUUCCUCUCAGACAGCUGGAAAGCACUCACAUACAUUUCCCCCAACCUGCAAGAGCUGAGAGCAAUAAACCGGACCCUCGGGAACCCUCUGCCAGCAGAGCUGCCAUCCAGCUUGGAGGAUGUUGUCCGGACUGCAGUGGCCCUGGCCCGCCCUUUGCUGGCCCACCUGCACUGUGUGGUGGUCACCCUGGGUGCUCACGGUGUCCUCCUGUGUGGCAAAAGCCAGGGAGGGAGCAUCUCGCUUUAUCCAGGRGCUCCUGGACAGGUAAGGGCAUGGAAAACUCACUCUGAGCUCUCAAUCGCUGCUUUUUUGGACCAUAUGGUGCUGUUGCUAUUUCGGGUGGCGUGGGCAAUUCUCGCUCGGUCACAUUCUCUCCUCUCGCAGGUUGCUGAUGCUGCCCGGCUCUGUGCUGCCCACUACCCCGCCAUCCCCAUCAGCAGAGAGGAGAUCGUCAACGUUUCGGGAGCUGGGGACAGCCUAAUGGCAGGAAUCCUGGCUGGGAUGCUUGCUAAACACGACACAGGCACGUGUGUCCGGAUGGGUCUGCUGGCUGCCAGUUUGUCUCUYCGCUCCUAUGAACCCAUUUCCCCAGAAAUCAGCCCUGCCAGUGUCAGCCAGGAGCAAGUCAAGAGCAGGAGCUGGCCAGAGGCGAAGGUAUGGAAGAUGGACUAAAGCAGGGUGCCUUUCUCAUCUAUCACCUCAAUGCAUUCCUGUUUUCAGGAAUUGUGUUUUGAGCUUUGGGCUCAAAAGCUGGACACUGACCGGGAAACUUGAACAUUCAGUACUUUUUGGAAGGUGAAGUUUUUUAUGGAGUGCAUUUGGUGACACCUGGUACUGCACUGCUCACAUUUAUAUUGUUUUGCCCUGUCCUUUUGGAUUUCAUUUGGUGGGUUACACCAGCCACAGCAAGGUUCUGUCCGCUGCCUAUGGACAGAAUCUCAACUUCUCCCCACCCCCCAUCUAAAGGGAAAACUCAUCUGUUUUGGCCAUGAGUAAACCCUCAGGGAAGRAGGCCUCAACCCAGGGAGCUCCUGUGGAAAGAAAAGUUGGUUUCUGGUCUUCCAGCCCUCCUGCUCUUGUGGCCUCCAGGCCAUCUAGAUUUUCUGUUGAGGGAAUUUUCUUCCACCUCGUGUCACUGUUGUCCAUUGCCACAGGAGCUCCUCUGUCACUGACUCCUGGAUUUUCAGGACUGUGGCUCCUCAGUUGGGCCCAGCAGCAACAUCUUCUCUUGCUGCUUACUCUUUUCUGUCCAAGAGAUCCCAUGGAUCACAGCCUGUGGCAGGAACUGUGGGAUAACCCCAUCCAUCUUCCCAAGCCCUCCAGCACACACCACAUUUUCUUGCUCUCAAGUCCAAUGCUCCUGGAGAAAGACUAAGCAAAGGGGGGUAACCAGAGAUUAGCUGGUGGCCUUUGGAAUUUGACAGCCCCUCAUUCCACGUGUCUUCCUCCAAACUUGGGCCUUCCUUCCUUCUUUAGUCCAGGAGUAUCAAAUCUGAAGUGAGAGAGCAGAGGGAGCAAAGGCAUCUCCCAUGGAAGCAAUGAGGAAAGUCACCUUCUCUCUCUGAGCAUGUAACGUGCAGGGUGAAACUGCAGGUAUCAACAGUUUUAUAAACACUGAAACUCAU